UGGUACUAUCAUAUGAUCAAUUGAUUGGAAUUCAUCUCGUUCAGGGAUUCCAAAAAAUUGUUCUUUUAGUUUUUGUUUAGCCGUGUCUUAUACAGUCAAACAAUGAAGGGUUGCAUUUUUAAUAUUGAUGCAGGCUAUUUGGAAGGAUUGUGCAGGGGAUUUAAGUGCGGAAUCCUUAAGCAAUCCGAUUACCUGAAUUUGGUUCAGUGCGAAACCCUGGAGGAUCUUAAACUUCAUUUGCAAGGUACUGACUAUGGUUCAUUCCUUGCCAAUGAACCCAGUCCCCUCGCCGUAUCCACCAUUGAUGACAAGCUCCGAGAAAAGCUUGUUAUUGAAUUUCAACAUAUUCGUAAUCAUUCAGUGGAGCCAAUGUCAACAUUCCUCGACUUUAUUACAUACAGUUACAUGAUUGAUAAUAUAAUCUUGUUGAUAACUGGUACACUGCACCAGAGGCCAAUCUCUGAGCUUAUACCCAAGUGUCAUCCUCUUGGCUCAUUUGAGCAAAUGGAAGCCAUUCAUGUUGCUGCUACACCUGCUGAGCUCUACAAUGCAGUAUUGGUGGAUACUCCUCUCGCUCCAUUCUUUGUUGACUGUAUCAGUGAGCAGGACUUGGAUGAGAUGAAUAUUGAAAUCAUUCGUAAUACCUUGUAUAAGGCAUAUUUGGAAGCGUUUUAUGAAUUCUGCAAGCAAAUUGGUGGCACCACUGCAGAUGUCAUGUGUGAGAUUUUAGCGUUUGAAGCUGAUCGCCGUGCCAUUAUUAUUACCAUCAAUUCAUUUGGAACAGAAUUGACAAAGGAUGACCGUGCUAAGCUUUAUCCUCGUUGUGGAAAGUUGAACCCAGAUGGUUUAGCUGCUCUUGCUAGAGCUGAUGAUUAUGAGCAAGUGAAAGCAGUUGCAGAAUACUAUGCCGAGUACCAGGCAUUGUUUGAGGGUGCUGGUAGCAAUGUUGGUGAUAAAACACUUGAAGACAAAUUCUUUGAGCAUGAAGUCAGCCUGAAUGUGAUGGCUUUUUUGCAACAAUUUCACUUUGGUGUGUUUUAUUCUUAUUUAAAAUUGAAGGAACAAGAAUGCAGAAACAUUGUAUGGAUCAGCGAAUGUGUUGCACAGAAACACCGCGCCAAAAUUGAUAACUACAUUCCAAUCUUCUAAACAAAACAAUUGAAAUUAUACCGAUAAUAUAUUUUAAUGUUGCAUUCUGUGUAUAUUGUAAUAGGUAUAAGAAACAUUAAAUGAAUUAUUAAUUUGUUGAAACUUUGUGCAUGAGAUAUUUUUAUCAAAGCAUUGUAGAUAAUUAUGAUAAAUUAUUUUGAUUUAUGAAGAGCUAUUAUCAUAUUAUAUUACCAUUAUAAAUAAAUGGUUUUUGUUGCUUGAUAAAUAACAUAUUGUUUUAAGAUCAUUCCAAGGAAUGUGAAAAAUAUUUCGUUAAAGUAUUAAUAUAGAUUAGAACAUAUUUAUUGUAUUAUCAACAGAGCAGAGAACAUUAUCCUGGAAAUGCAACUUACGUGUUGUUUAAACAUUGAAUCAAGUAGGAUAAAAAUUGUUAUUUGCAUUAUUAUACCACCUAUAUUUGAAACGGUUUAGACCACUUAGUUGUUAAUGCUAUGUAUAUUAAAGUAUUUCAAUCAAUAAAAUAUUUAUGAAAAAACAA